AUGCUUCGCGCCGAACCCUUCGUGCCGCCGAUCCAACUGAUGCGACUCAUGGAAGGAUUAGGGGGGUGGGAAAUCAACUACUGGCAGGCCUGGCGACUGCGAGAGUACAUCAUCAGGGAGAAAUACGGGGACUGGAAGGAGUCUUUCCGCCAGGUUCCAUGGCUUGUGGACCGGUUCAAAGUUAUUGAUCCAGGGGUGAAAGUGCAUCUGGACACCCUCGGUCGAUGCUUUCACCGCUUCUUUGUCCGUCCAUCUGCAGCCGUUCAUGCACUACGAUUCUGCCGCCCAGUCAUUGCUUUUGACGGGACUCGUCUUAUCAGCAUGCAGAAGGCAGUGCUGCUGGUCGCGGUCACGCUCGAUGGCAACCAGAAGGUCUUGCUGCUAGCUUGGGGUCUCGUGGAAUCGGAGAACAAGGAGGCUUGGUCGUGGUUUCUCAAGCAUUUCAUCGACGGCUUUCCAGAACGGACGCAUUGCGAAAACGCCUCCAUGAUCAGCGACAGGGACAAGGGGUUAGUUCCUGCUGCUCGUGAGGUGAUGACAAGUCACUUCCCGCAUUACUUCUGCGCGUGGCACCUCGAGCAGAAUCUGAGGCGGUUCAAGGAGAAGGCGCAGGCCUUUUAUAAAAGGCUGAACAUUCAGAGGUGGGCCGGGCAACACGGUGACGAGUGGGGCCAGGGGAGUGCGGCUUAUGGCCAUGGUUCAGACGGUGGUAUCAGGGGUGGCGGAAGUGGUCACGGCAGGCCGGGCCCUGGCGCAUUCCAGUUCGGGGGUGCUGGUUUAGGGGUGGGAAGUGGGCGAGGCUUCGGAAGGUAUGGGACGAGUGGCAGCAGAGGGUUUGGCCUAGGGACUGGUGCUGGGGGCGUUCCGCCGUGGGCUGGACAGGGCGUCGGCGGGGGUAUGAGCGCAGACAACGCCGGGCAAGGGGGUCGCACAGCCGGAGAUGAGAUGCCAGGGUCUCGUGUGCAUGACUACGCGGAAGAGGCUCCAGGAGGCUUAGGCAACGACACUCAGGGAAUAGUUGAGAUGGGUUUGGGGACGCAGGAAUCCACGGCAGGGAUGGGGGGGUUCGGCAUGGGAGUGGGGACUGGAGGAGGAAAUGGAGGUGUGGGCAUGGGAGUGGGGACUGGAGGAGGAUUUGGGGGUGUGGGCAUGGGAUUGGGAACUGGAGGAGGGGUUGGCGGUGUGGGCAUGGGAGUGGAGAUUGGAGGAGGAGUUGGGGGUGUCGGCAUGGGACUGGGGACUGGAGGAGGAUUUGGGGGUGUGGGCAUGGGAGUGGGAACUGGAGGAGGAUUUGGGGGUGUGGGCAUGGGAGUGGGGACUGGAAGAGGAUUUGUAGGUGUGGGCAUGGGAGUGGGGACUGGAGGAGGGCUUGGCGGUGUGGGCAGGGGAGUGGAGAUUGGCGGAGGAUUUGGGGGUGUGGGCAUGGGAGUGGGGACUGGAGGAGGAUUUGGGGGUGUGGGCAUGGGAGUGGUGACUGGAAGAGGAUUUGGGGAUGUGGGCAUGGGAGUGGGGACUGGAAGAGGAUUUGAGGGUGUGGGCAUGGGAGUGGGGACUGGAGGACGGCUUGGCGGCAUGGGCAUGGGAGUGGGGACUGGAGGACGGCUUGGGGGCGUGAGCAUGGGAGUGGGGACAGGAGGAGGGCUUGGCGGUGUGGGUUUGCAAGUGGGGAGAGGAGGAGGGUUUAGAGGUGUGGGUGUGCAAGCGGGGAGUGGAGGAGGGAUUGGAGGUGUGGGCGUUGUAGUGGGGAGUGUAGGAGGGAGUGGUGGUGUGGGUGUGCAAGUGGGGAGUGGAGGAGGGAGUGGUGGUGUGGGCGUUGUAGUGGGGAGUGUAAGAGGGUGUGGUGGUGUGGGUGUGCAAGUGGGGAGUGGAGGAGGGAGUGGUGGUGUAGGCGUUGUAGUGGGGAGUGUAGGAGGGAGUGGUGGUGUAGGUGUGCAAGUGGGGAGUGGCGGAGGGAGUGGUGGUGUGGGUGUGCCAGUGGGGAGUGGAGGAGGGAGUGGUGGUGUGGGUGUGCAAGUGGGAAUUGGAGAACAGACUGGAGGACAGACUGGUGGUGUGGGUGUGCAAGUGGGGACUGGAGGACAGACUGGCGGUGUGGGCGUUGGAAUGGGGAGUGUAGGAGGGACGGGAGGUGGUGGCGUUGUAGUGGGGAGUGUAGGAGGGAGUGGUGGUGUGGGUGUGCAAGUGGGGAGUGGAGUCGGGACUGGAGGUGUGGGUGUGCAAGUGGGGAGUAGAGUCGGGACUGGAGCUGUGGGUGUGCAAGUGGGGAGUGGAGUCGGGACUGGAGGUGUGGGUGUGCAAGUGGGAAGUGGAGUCGGGACUGGCGGUGUGGGCGUUGGAUUGGGGAGUGUCGGAUGGGUUCCAACGGCAGGAAUGCCCGGCUACAAUGUGGGCAGUGGUGCUGGAACAGGGGGGGGCUUUCGCUACGCUAACGUAGGCAUGGGAUGGGUGAGCGGUGAUGUGGAUGUAGGGUUGGGCUUAGGCAUCAAUCACAGUGGUCAGAGCCUGAGUGUGGUGGUGAGGAACGUGGAUGCCAGGGUGGGAAGGGGGCCAAGGGUGGCACCGGAGAUUAUUGAAUAUCCCAUAGCUGAAGAUGGGAGAGAUGAUGUUGGGCAUUCCAUGAGCAGCGGAGUCCCCACAGGUGGCUCGCCAGAGCCCACGCGCCCCAGUGCGCCGUUCAGCCUGGCGGGAAGUGGGCGGAGUUCUCGAUUUGAGGGGGUGGAUGACCCGGAGCCGGACGAUGCAGAUGGUGGGGAUGGUGAGGAGGGAGGCAUUAGCGUUCAGACGGGAUUCCAUCGCAACCGGAUGGGAUCGCGAUACAGAAUUGGAGGAAUCCAACUACUGCACUGGGCUCGUCUGUUCGCACCCACACGUCGAUACGGGAUAUACACGAGCAACGCAGCGGAGUCGCUUAAUGGUGCUAUGAAGAAAAUCCGGAUGCUGCCCCCAACGUGGUUGCUGGCGUCAUUGUGGGACUGGUUCAGGGACAAGUGGGUGGAGCGUUACGAGGCAGUGUGGCGAAGGGACGAGCUGCUGACAGAGGGAGCGGCCACGAGGAUGCUGAUCAAGCGCACGAGGGCACAGGAGAGCUUGGGCACAAUCGAAGCCGGUGCCCUUGGAAAUUCGGUUGGUACGCGCAAGGGAGAGGGGCUGGCCGAGGUGCAGGGCGUGGACGUGGGUCUGCUCCUGGGCAACGAUGCGAGGGCUGCUGGUGCUGGUUCUGCUGCGGGGUUUGGUCCUGGCAGUGGAGCGGGAGCGGGUGCGGGCAGAGGUGCUGGGUUUGGGGCGGGGGUUGGGGCUGGCCUUGGUUCGGGCGCGCCGGCAUGGAAUGGUGCUGGGAGUGGUGCUGGGUUUGGUGCGGGGGUUGGUGAUGGCCUUGGUUUGGGCGCACCGGCAUGGCAUGGUGCUGGGAGUGGUGCUGGAUUUGGGGCGGGGGUUGGGGCUGGCCUUGGUUCGGGCAUGCCGGCAUGGCAUGGUGCGGGCAGUGGUGCUGGGUUUGGUGCGGGGGUUGGUGCUGGCCUUGGUUCGGGGGCGCCGGCAUGGCAAGGUUCGGGCGGAGGUGCUGGCGGGCUUGGUGAGGGGCUUGGUGGUGUAGAUGCUGGCAAUGCUGCGGGGCGUGGUGCCGGCAGUCGUUCCGGCCGUGGUGCCGGACGUGCUGCUGGGCGUGGUGCAGGGCGUGGUGCAGGGCGUGGUGCAGGGCGUGGUGCAGGGCGUGCUGCUGGGCGUGGUGCUGGGAGUGGUGCUGGGCGUGGUGCAGGGCGUGGUGCUGGGCGUGGUGCAGGUCGUGGUGCAGGUCGUGGUCCUGGUCGUGGUGCUGGACGUGGGCCAGCACGUGGGGCAGGACGUGGUGCAGGCAAUGGUGCAGGAGUUGAUGUGGAGAAUGUUGCUGUGAGAAACGAGGACAAUGGUGCAGGGAUGGGUGGUGAGGCUGGUCCAGGGAUGGGUGGUGAGGCUGGUCCAGGGAUGGGUAGCGCAGUUGCCUAA